GAAAGUUUUUUUUUUUUUUUAUCUUUAUUACAUGUGCAUGUGAAGCUGAGUGUGUAGCCAGGUGGGGAAUCUAUUAAUUCUUUCAUCCACCAUUCCAUUCCCGAAAGAGAAAGAGAGCAAGGCUCAAAGCAUGGCGCCACCACCUCCUCUUCCUACUCUCCUCCUCACCACCCUUCUCUCCGUAUUCUCCUCUUCUACAUCGGCCCCACCCACAACCACAGCAUGCCGCGACACGUGCGGCUCAACGCAGGUGAAGUACCCCUUCGGCACCGGCCACGGUUGCGGCUCCCCUCUGUUCAGCCCCUACGUAACCUGCGGCUCCAACGGCACCGGCGACCAACUGUUCCUGAAAAGCCACACCGGCUCCUACCCGGUGAGUUCGAUCUCCUACACCACCUCCACCAUCACCCUCAGUCCACCUUCCAUGUCCACCUGCAGCUCCAUGCACCCUUCAUCCACCAACUUCGGCCUAGACUGGACCUCCCCCUUCCAAAUCGCCUCCUCCACCUUCCUCCUCCUCUCCUGCCAACCCCCCACCACUUCCCUAUCCUCACCCAUCUGUGACCCUUCCUUCGAUUACCUCUGCGCAUCACUCUACUCGUGUCCCGCCGUCGUCGCCCUCGGCCUUCCCCUCUUCCCGCCCAGCAACACCUGCUGCGUCUACUCCCCCGCCAACCUCGACGGCAAAGGGGAGCUCGACUUGAAAGCCAUGAAGUGUGGUGCCUAUGCUUCUGUUGUAUCGCUCGGGGAUAACCCUACGGACCCCACUCACUGGGUCUAUGGAGUGGCCUUGAAGUACUCUUUUGGUGGGGCUUUGGAUAAUAACUAUGGCACUACCAAGUGCAGUGGGUGUGAGAGUAGCGGCGGUGUGUGCGGCUUUGCGCCGCCUGGGAAUGGGUUUGUGUGUGUUUGUAAAGGAGGCUAUAACACCAGCUUGGAUUGCUCCACUACUUUCAACCAGAACCAGGACUACGUUUGGGACUCUUCCUCUGCGAAUCACAUCUUCUUCACUUCAGCUUGGCAUGUUUGGAGUCCUAUUUUGGCUGGUUUUAUUUUCUGCUUAGUUUGAUCAGGAUUCAGGGGAGCCAUUCAAUGGAGGCAAUCAUCAACCUUUUUUAAUUAGCAAAAGUUGCUUCAGAAAAGUGGAUUUACUCAAAAGGAAGAAUAAAGGCAUUCCGCAUCCAUUCCUAUAUCGUAGUCUUUGUGGAUUCGUUUUUCUCUAUUAAAAUAGUUUAUGAUCAAAGAAGCAGGGGAGAAUAACCCUACCUUCAUCCGUAGUGUUUGUGGAUUUUCAGUAACUAGAAGAACUCAAUUACUUUGGACUAAAAUAUGUUCUAGUAAAACGCAGGCAAUAUAUUUUAUUAUGCAUUCUUUACUA